AUGGAACGGCUGUCGAGAGUGGCGUGUUAUUUUCGAUGGAUGAGAAACGCGACACCUCCUCGUGACGCGAACAAAGUGGCCGCCGCCGCCGCCGCCGCUGCCGCCGCCGAGGAUGACGACGAGCGGAAAACCAUUCAGGUUGAACGGUAUCGGAACGUCGUCGGAUGCAAUUCCGAGGCUUCGAGACGACUUUGCGGGAUUCUGGAGAGCAUUCUCCUGUGGGAGAAUUCAGUGAACAGUAUCUCCGUCGUCAUCGUGUUCAACAUACUGUUUUGGGGUAUCGUUGUACUGGAGGUUCGUGGCUUCGCUGCAGCCAGCAGUGCUGCACUGGUCAUCGUUCUCUGUUACAGUACCUUCGAAGCUCAAGCCGAAAAAGAGAUCAAACCCUCGGGCAUAUCGAGCGCGAAGGUGGAGCAAUUUGAGAAGAUAGGAAGGAGAAUAAAGUUAGCGGUUCGCAGUUUAAAGCAGUUGAGGAAAGAGCAACCUGGAGUGUUUUGUACUGCAGUGUGCUCCCUCUCUUUGGGCCUAUGGAUCAUUGGCCGUACGAUGAACGGUGUGCUUCUCGCAUACACGAUAUGCAUGAGCAUUUUGAUCGGACCUGGUUUGUUAUUGAAACUAUCUACCGGCAAAAUGAUACUGCAUAAAGACUGGGACAACGAGAUCGAAGAAUUUUUACCAGCUGUGACAGAGGACAAUCUUCAAGUUCUUACAAGAGCGGGAGAGUCGGGCGAUCAGUCUCCGACACCUACGAGCGUGUUGUCCGACGUUCAAAAUGAAUUUUUCGAGGAAGAGGAACUCGUGGGUCUUAAAAUGCCGUCUCACGAAGAUGGAAGUACCGACGGCGUAGAAGUUUCCGAGUUAGAGCUCAGUGCCGAAGAGACCGAUGUGGACGGUAUCAAGUUCCAAAGUGGCCAUUUCGAGAAAGGUUCAUCUUCGGAGGAGGAGGAGGUAGAACUCGAUCCUGUGUCAAGGAAAUUACUUACUAUCAGCCACAGCGACGAAAGUGGUAGCGAGUUUGAAAUAAUCGAGGAUGUUGAUAACUUUGACGAUGCAUGAGAAUAAUGGAUAUGUGAACUGCGAAGUUAUUAUUAUUAUUAUUAUUAUUAUUAUUAUUAUUAUUAUUAUGCGGAAUAGAAUUCGGGAUCCGGAACGGAUCACGGUUGAAAUACAUUUUAAUUGGGUAACUGGAUCGAAUUGGCCAACUGAUUGGUAUCGUUUGAAUUUUUGCUACCUGCUUAUUUACAAGUAUUUACGCGAAGCUGAUCAAUAUUAUCAAAGAGUUUUCGGUAGAUUAGAAAAAUCGUUUGAUAGUAGUACAAAACGUACGACGAGGUCUAUUACUUUCUUCACUGUUCAACGACAGUUUGACCACAGAGAGAUCGUGCGAAUGAUAACUUCUCAGUAAUUACUUUCGUGUAUACUUACACAAAAGUAUAUCUGUGAAAUUGUACAUAUUAUAUACAAUAAGAUCAACGAUCAUCUCAAGUUUUAUUUUUGAUGAUAUACAAAUGAUCCUCAGUGUAUAUAAAAUAUCAAACAGAAGAAAAGAGAUAAAUAUUGAAAAAAAUAA